AUGGUCCCACAUACAGCUGCAGGUAGAGCAGCACUUCGCAACAUUGCGGCACUUGGAGACGGCCCGUCAAUCAGCUGGACGCGUAUCUCAAGACUCAAGAAUGAUGAUGUGACCAGCACCAAGAAUACGCAUGUCGUACUUACAGAAAUACAACUCAGCGGCGACGGCGACAGCCUGUCGGCAGCUCGGGGACUGCCGAUACUGGCGGACCGACUGCUGGUGCUGCCGGCGGCCAGCGGGUUAUUGUGCAUUCUGUACGACAACACCGCAGCGGCAGCGGCGGUGCCGCUGCCGGCUCCAUUGCCGUCCAAAUACGACGGUGACGCGGGGGCCGCCGAUGGUGACGGCACGCCCGCACAGCUCACGGACGUGGUGGACGCCGCACGCCAGCUGUUGGCGCCGCUGCCACCGCCGCCACCGCCGCCACCAUUAUUGACCCCGGCGGCGGCAGCGGACAGAGCGGCGGCGACGACAGCCAUCUGGGCCUCCUGUGCGCGUGCCAGGCGAUGCAUCGUGACGCCGCCGCCAGCCGCUAACGCCACGGGUCGUGGCACCUGGGACGAGCCUCCGGAGAUCCACCUCAUUGCCGGACCAUUGCCGCCGCCACUGCUGCACGGCGAACGCUGCACGUGCUCCACCACGGGCCGCGGACUGGGUGUCAAACCAGUGGUUUCGGAGUACGACGAAGCGCCGCCGCCGCUGCAGCCCCUGGGCGAUGCCCCCGUGGACCCUAAUGGCAAGGCAACCGGAACAAUAUCUGUUGCUAGCUGA